GGCAGGGGUGUCCACGCACGGGGCUGCGUUGGGGGGACAGGCAUGUCACGGUGCUGAGUCUGCAGUCGUGCAGCUGGGCUCCAAAGUCGAGGAAGAUCCUGGAGGAGCUCCAGCCUCCACGGACGUGAAACCCUUCAGAGGCUGAAGGGCAUCCAGGGCAGACAUGUAGACUCAGCGAGGGACAGUGCCGAGCAGCUCCGGACACCAGGGCCGCACGCCCUCAGCUCUCAGAGACCUUGCAGUUGGUGGGUCCCCCGCCUGUGCCCCCUGUGGCCGCUGCUGGCCCUGCCUGCCUCUGCCUGGCCUCACCUCCCCUGCUAGAGAGGAGAGGGUCAGCGAGGCGCCAGCGAGGCCUCAGUGGGGCCCUGCCCGGGGCGGCCGGAAGGGACUCCUUGGAUCACUUUUGCUUCAAAGAGAAAGCGUGGGACGCCGGGUUCAAACGGUGGACGCCAUCGGCUUUGCUGCUCACGCGCUCAUGGUCUUCUCUCUCUCAUCUGAACAGAAUCGCGAUUUGAGCUCCAAGCACAGACCCUGCCUGAAUUCGGGGAGCCGUGGAAUGUCCGGGACGCUCGCGGCCCGGUCCCAGACUCGUGGGACACACGAUCCUUUCCUCCUCGGUAGCCCUCACUUCUGUUCUUGCCAGAAGAACCCAAUCCUGCAUUUAUGCAGCGGACGGCCAGCGCUCGAGCUCCCAGAGAGAGGUUCUCAUGCCCCUUUGGUCUAAACUGGACACAGCAACAAUCCCGCUUUCCUUUACCGCUGAUUGUUCUGGGGGCGUCUGGGACCCUAAGAGGCAGAAAAGAAAAAAAAAAAAAAGAAAAAGAAACCCCAAAACAUGUGGAAACCUCAUGUUCUCCCCACCCCUUCCUUCCCGUCUGGGGUGUUGGGUGUCGUGCCCAGAACUCUGGUAGCUAUUUUGUAACCAGGAGGCCACCAGCACGUGGGUUAAAGGAAACAGGAGGUGAGGCCAUCGCACCGGCUCCGACCGUUUCUUCUGUGACCCCGCUAAAUGCGUUACUAUUGAGCACCUCUAAGACAGACAUUUCUCGUAUCUCAAACCACUUGUCUGGAGAUAGCGACAGGAUUUCAGCCCGAGUAGGCAUUACUUCACACAGGCAUAUUUAUUCCUUUCCAACCAAGCUGAACCGAUGUGCGUUUCAUCCCUCGUCCCGUAAACACUGUCAGCAGACGGGGCAGGUGGACCGGAGCCCGAGGGCAUCACCGCCAGAUGGCAGAGGAGGUCGGAAGCUGCCCACGGGCCCCGAGGAUUGCAGAGGCCACAUGCAAGCAGGAGAUGAUCUGCGCCCUGAAGUCAGGACUCAGGGGGAGGCCAGCCGGCUCCAGGGGCCCCAGAAGGACCAGGUUUGGCCCCUCGACGGUGACAGCAUCGGAAGGCAGAGACAGGUGGAGGUGGGAUUAGAAAGUGAUUUAUUGCAGCGAGGACGACCCGGGAAGACAGCGGGCCCACACCUCCAAGACCCCAUCCCACCGCCAGGAAGGCAGGAAGAUGUGGGGAGGGUCGGUGGGUGCCCGGCGUGGGGCAGGGCAGCUCAGGCGGAUGACCGCCGGGGUCUUGCUGGCUCAGUGCAGUCCCUGCUGCUUGAGGGCGAAGUUCGGUUCCCAGCAGGGGAGGCUUUGCCUAUGAGGCCUUUCGGUUGAGUUCCUGGUGCGCCCGAAUGAAAAAUUAAUCAGAAAGUGCAGGCCGAGGUCAGAAGGGAGGCAGUGAAGCCUCUUUCAUUCUGGGCAUCUUCACGGUUGAGACUCCACCUGCCACCACAGUGUCCCUUUCGGGAGGCACUUUGGCCACGGGUGUACCUCCACGGCGCAGGCGCGGGCCCGUCGCUGAGCUUGCCUUGGAUCGUCCCUGCAGACACAUGCGGGCUGCAAGGGUACCCAUGGAGCACGCGUGGCUCUCUGUGAGCCUCCGGGACAGGGAGGGCAUCUCCAUGUGCCCAGCAGAGACAAGAAUGCGCCGUGGCACUACCCCUGGGGCCAAGGGCCUGCACAAGCCCAGACACGGGAAGAUGCUGACAUCAGCGACACGGACACAUUACAACACGGCGGCUGGCCGGUUGGCCUGAAACGGGGCACGCCCCCUCUCUCACUGUGUCCGUGGGCGGCAGUCUGGGCGCGGCUCGGCUGGGCGCCCCCAGACAAAGUGGGGGCUGGGGCUGCGGUCACAUCCGAGCCACCCCCGCCUGCCCCCUCACUCGGGCCUGCGGGCCGCUGGGUUCCGGUGCCGUCAGACAGAGGCGUCCUCCCACGACCACGUGCUUCCUCAAGCCAGCUGCGGGGCCGGGUCUGCCCGAGACACUGUCACACGCUUAUGGGACAUAAUCACACACAUGGUGUCACCUCUGCCUCAUUCCCGUGAAUCUCAGGACUCACCUUGACGUCUGUCUGCCACGAUGCCCUGGCAGAUGUUCCAAUUUUAAAAAGCGAGAGAGUAGGAACAUGGCCCAGAUGGAUCACAGACCAUGAAGACGGUGUGCUGUCAUGCUCAUGUGGUCAGGGCUCCGGGCUGCUUCCAGCCUCGGCACUUAGGUCGGGAGGGGGACAUCAAGCGGCACUUCAGGUCCACAGGGUCAAGAGAUGGAUGUGACCUCUCCCGGUCUCCGUCCCCAGCAUCCCCUGAUUUGGGGAGCCAGCAGGGAUAGGUCUUGGGUCCACAGACCCUGCGUGGAGGAGAUCCACGGACAAUGGCACUCACGCCCCACCUCGCUUAGCUGGGCAGGUUUUAGGAUUUCUUUAAGAUGACAGCUGGCACCGGCUUCCAUGAUACGCGUGGCUUCGUACAUCCUCUGAAGCGCGCGUGGGCAGGGAUGUAGAUGCCGAUCUGGACGGUCCUUUCUCACCAUCAGGUGGCAGAGCGCCUCAGCUCCUUCCUCCUGCCCAACGCAGUGCUCCAAGACUUAGACACACACAGUAAACGUGCAUGGUCUCUCGUGGUUUCUGGGGUUCAGCAACGUGGGAGCAGCUGGCUGGGGGUCUGGGUUGUGGUCUCAUCUGAAGGUAGGAGGAGUGGCUCCCGCACACAGUGGGCUGGUGGCUUCUCUCUGUGUGAGGCCCUCCACGGGGCUGGGCGCACCU